CCAAUAUGGUUUCCACAACAAAGUAGUCGGCGAUUUGUUUUGGAAAAAAUGUUCAAUGAAAAUUAUGAUAGUACAUAAGAAAUGAAGUUGCUUGUUAUCUAAUUCUAACAAAUCUUAGUGCUUAACACCUAACAUUUAAGUAUUGUGGGGCUGUGGUGCAAUCUAGAAUAGUACUUAAGCACCAUGGUAUGCCAAGCCCAUUAUCUAGCAAUAAUAGUUCCUUAUUUAAUUUUGUAUCGCUUUGCUGAUGGCAACCCGAUAGACGAACCUCCUCAAGAUGAUAAAGAAUUAAACAUGACCAUCGAAGUGCUGAAAUAUGAAGUUCCUUCCCAGUUACCACUUGGUGAGAAUGUUACUAUUAUUUGCAAAACUAAAUGGAUGUCUGGUAACAUGUGGUGGACAUUUAACGACAAAAAUGUCUCAGAACAAGAAGGAUUUAAAUUGGAAAUGGAAAGUGAAAAUAUAAAUAAAGAAUCCGGCAAUAAAUUUGAAUUCUCUAUAUUGCACAUUUUGAAUAUCAAUUUUAACCAUGUGGGUAAAUAUGUAUGUCACGCAGCGAAUACAAACAAAAGCGAACUAGACUUAUCUCAAAUUAACUUAAAUAUUACGUUGCCUGUUCGUAUAGUAAAAAUUUCGCAGCCUGUAUACACUAAAAUUCACAACACUGUAAAAUUAAGCUGUGUAAUAGAAGGAUAUCCCAUUGAGUUUGUGAACUGGUUUAAAGAUGGCAAUGCAUUAAAAUCAGAUUCUUGGAAUACAUCAGCAAUCAAUUCGACAUUUUGUAAUUCUACAUUAAACGUAGAAGUAACCAAAAAAGACAAUGGGACGUAUACAUGCAUUGCGGGAACUAUAACGACUAUUGCAAACGCUUCUUCUGCAAUUUUGGUGCUAGAUAAACCUCAAGUCACUAUCGAUGUCGUUAAACCAAUAGGAACAAAUAAAAUUUUCUUAAACUGGACUGUGAAUGACGGUAAUAGUCCAGAAGAAUUAAAAUACAUAAUACAGUAUAAGUCAGCCGAUGAUACGGAAUGGUUAUAUUACCGAUCAGAUAUAAAUAGUAGUCAAAAUUAUUUGGUGCUAAAUGUUGAGAAAAAUGACACUUCAUACACAGUGAGAAUCAGUGCUAAGAAUCCACAAGGAGAGAGUCACUACUCGACUAGCAAUUUGAUUAAAAUGCUGGACGAAGAACCGAUUUUCAUACCAGUAGUAACUGUGACUGGAGUGACAUCCAGUUCGAUAACAAUUAAGUGGACCAUGCCCCCUGAAAAAUUCAGAGACCAUAUUCAUUACUACAAUUUAAUCCUUCGAUCUUAUAACACUUCACAAAAACUGGAAGCUAUACAGCCGGCAAAGGAAUACUUAUAUAUGUUUUCCGAACUGAAUUCCGCAACAACUUACAGCUUCCAAGUAGCUGCUUGUAGCGAUUACAGUCGGGAAUGUGGACCGUGGUCGGAGAUUGUUAAUGGUACCACAAUGGAUGGUAUUUCUGGUCCCCCUUCAAACACAUCUAUAGACUGCAGAUUUGACAACAUAAGUCACACAAAUUUUGUAUUGGUCUCUUGGGGACCACCCAUCCAACCUCAUGGAAGUGUACAAUCUUACAACGUUCAUUUACAAGGACAUGCUGUUUUUAAAAAUGAACACGGUAUUUUACAAAACACGACACUGGGCUCCAAAGUCACGAGUACUAGAGAAACAUCAUUGUACAGUCGCUUUUAUAACUUAUCUGCUAACACCAACUACACAGUUAAAAUUUCUGCUGUUACCAGACUCAGGAAAAACGGUCAGCCUGUUGUUUUGUCUUGCACAAUGCCGCCUAAUUUACCUGACAAACAAAAAAUAGCUGGAAUUCACUGGGAAAAAGUAAAGGAACAUCAAAUCAUUAAGCUAUUCCUACCAAGAAUCUCAGAAAGGAACGGACCUAUAUGUUGCUUUAGAAUAUAUUUGGUGCGAAUGGUGGCUCAGCAAAAACUUUCGGAUUUGCCGGUUCCUGAAGAUUUAACUAUUAUGUCGUAUCAAGAAGCUCAUAGGACUCCUACAGGUGGAGCUUAUGUAGCUGAGAUGUUUACUAGUGAAACAUUUCAUUCAGAUAUUUUCUUGGGGGACGAACAGGUUUUCAAUAUCUCCAGUACAGAUUGUGACAAAUGUAUAGGGUUGCGUCCUUAUAAUACCCCUCGAAGAGAGAAACCUUUUAAUAAAACAGCUGGUAGCAUAUCAAAUAGGGUUCGGAGGAAUGACGUACUGAGUGAUCCAUUACCUCCUUGCGAUGGAAAGCUGGAUAUAAAUAGUAAUUAUACUGGUUUUGUUGAAAUAAUCGUUCAUGGCACUGGUAAUCCAAAGUACUUAGUAGGGUAUAGCAGUUACCUGGAUAUGAUAAAUCCCGGUCCGGAGGUGCUCGCAGCACCUCCAGCAGAAACUCUUAGUCUCAUAUUUCAGAUACUUUGUGGGCUCAUGGUUAUUAUUUUAGUACUUUUUGGUGUAUUGUGUAUUUUGCACCGUUACACAAAACAGGCUCAUGCCCAACCUUUGGAGAUGAUCACUUUUAGAACCUCCUUAAGAAAUUUAAGAGGGCGCCAAAGGUUAGUUUCUUUAAAUCCUCCGGAUAUGACCCCUAUUAGUAAAUCAGAACUAGUCUCUGCCUAUAUUGAGCAUCAUCGUGAUUCAGAUUAUGGGUUUCAACAAGAAUUUGAACUAUUACCUGACAGGUUCUCUGAUAGAACCACUAGAGCCUCUGACAGUAAAGAAAAUAUUUACAAAAAUCGUUACCCUGAUAUAAAGGCGUAUGAUCAAACUCGAGUAAAGCUCUCCCAAGUUGAUAGCAUUGCCGGUUCAGAUUAUAUCAAUGCUAAUUACGUUUUGGGCUACAAGGAAAGAAAAAAAUUCAUAUGCGCACAAGGUCCAAUGGAUACAUCUGUUAACGAAUUCUGGAGAAUGAUUUGGGAACAGCAUUUAGAAAUGAUUCUUAUGCUGACCAAUUUAGAAGAAUACAGCAAGACCAAGUGCGCAAAAUAUUGGCCCGACAAGAUGGAUGGCGAAAAGAUAUUUGGAAAGAUAACGGUUGCACAUUUGCAAGAAACCAGAUAUUCCGACUAUAUCGUUAGAGAUUUAAAAAUAACGCGCAUUGGCAAUGGCAAGGAAAUGGAAGAAAGGCGUAUUAUUCAAUACCACUAUUUGGUGUGGAAAGACUUUAUGGCCCCAGAACACCCAAAUGGGAUAAUCAAAUUUAUUAAACGAGUAAACGAAGCCUAUUCUAUUGAAAAGGGUUGCAUACUAGUACAUUGCAGCGCUGGAGUUGGUAGAACUGGUACCUUAGUAGCUUUGGACUGUCUGUUGCAACAGCUGAGGGAAGAAGGUCAGGUCUCAAUAUUUAAUACUAUCUGCGAUUUGCGUCACCAAAGAAAUUUCUUAGUCCAGUCUUUGAAACAAUAUAUAUUCAUAUAUAGAGCGUUGAUGGAAGUGGCUCAAUAUGGAGACACAGAAAUAAGUGCUACCGAUUUAAAAACCACUGUGGACAGAUUACGGUUAUGUGAUAAAGACAAAAAUAGGUCUAAAUUAGAGGAAGAAUUUGAAAACAUCGUUAAUGCUUUUGAAGAUAGAAAAUCGUGUUCAGUUGCGAGUGGAGACGAAAACAAAGAGAAAAAUAGAUCUGAUUGUGUCAUACCCUAUGACAGAAAUAGAGUUAUAUUAACGCCAUUAUCUGGGAAGGAACAUUCCACUUAUAUAAACGCAUCAUUCAUCGAAGGCUAUGAUAAUAGCGAAUCUUUUAUUAUCAGCCAAGACCCAAUGGAAUGUACCAUCAACGAUUUCUGGAGGAUGAUUUCUGAGCAAGGAAUUAGCGUUAUUGUGAUGCUCUCUGAACUGGGUGAAGCAAAGUGUGCUAGAUAUUGGCCUGAAGAGGGCUGCGAAGCUACGUUUGAUCAUAUCAUGGUUAGAUAUGUGCAAGCCGAAACUUGCCCUUAUUACACGCGGAGAGAGUUCUUUGUUAAGGGUAGGGACGGAGAAGAGCACAAAGUGACUCAUCUGCAGUAUCACGGUUGGCCGACCGUUGAUGGCGAAGUACCUGAGGUCACUCGCGGGUUGAUAGAGUUAGUGGAUUUCUCCCAGACAGCUAUAAUAAAAACUGGAUGUACGCCUUCAAUGGUGGUACAUUGUAAUAUGGGUUCAGAUAGGAGUUCAAUGUUCGUUGGGCUUAGCAUAUUAGUUCAGCAACUUCGAACUGAAAGAAGGGUCGAUGUUUUCACAGUAACUCGUAAGUUAAGGUCACAAAGGCAGGCUCUAAUUAACUCAUAUGCACAAUAUGAGUUUCUUCAUAGGGCUAUAGUAAACUACGCCGAGUUACAUGGUCUUUGCGAGUCAUAAAUUGAGGUUGUGCCAUACAAGGUGUAAUUCAUUCCAAAAAAAAAAACAUUUUGAUGGAUAAAAAGAAUGUUUGGGUAUUUUUAUAUGUACUGUACUUUUAUAUCACAUAAUUUUUUAAAAUAGUUUAAAAUAAUCUAGUAGAAACCAUGGUAAUGGUUUUGAAAACCAAAGCACUCCGUAGGGGUCAAUCUAACAGUCUAAUUUCAUUGACAGGCGACGUUUUGCUCAACAAAUUUUCUUUUGAGUUUUACAGCAUUUUUAAAAUAAAUAAUCAUGAUCGUCAUUAUUAUUAACUUUUUGUGAUCUGAAAGAAUGCAUUUGACUGUAAUUUUUCAAUGUAUUCACAAUGUAAUAUAGGGUUGUUUAUUUUCUCGAGGAAUGAUAUUAUUGUCAUAUUAACUAUAGUAACUCCACAAUUGUUUUUUUUAUAAGCCAAUUACAUUGUUAGCUCUUUGAAGUGGCACAUUUUUGUUUUUAAAUUUUCAUUUUUUGACGAAAUUUUUUUAUGAAUUCGGGCGAAUCCAGUCCUAAACAGUAAAUUUUGCACAAUAAUAAAAUUUUUAUAUUUUUUACUGAUAUAAUUCGGAAAGUUACUUUUAAAAAUUUCAUCCAUUUUUGUAUACUCGUAGCACGAAUUAAUAGGAAUUUCUAACCAUUGACUGAUUUUUGUACAAUGCACAAUAGUUUCGACGAUUUUAAUAUUUGCAAAUAUGGAUGAAAAUUCGAAUAAUGACAAAUUUUUAAAUGCUUGUCCUAGUAGUGCUUUGUUGCUUAAAUGUACUUUGUAAAAACAUAUUUGAUUAUCGUGUAUGUCAUCCUAUAUGUUUGUUAUGUGUAUAUAAGUUCUUAUUUAGAUUUGAUCAAAAUUAAGACUGUAUUGUAUAUGCGACUUUUGCAUUAAGAAAUAUUUAUUUAUACAGUUUUUCAUUUUUAGUUUGUUUUGCUAACAUUCGUCUCAUAAUAUAAAAACCGACAAAAUAAACAAAAAUCGUUUUAUUUUAAAUAAAUAAGUUAAUAAAUUAUAUUCUGGAUUAAUGGCUUUGGUGGGGGUACUAAAGUCUAGUCUGUUUAUUAUUGUUGUUGUUUCCCUUUUUCUUCUGGUUAACAUUUUUUUUGUUAUUA